GACGGUUGAUUGACAGCCAGUCAGGCAGGAGCGCCGAGCGACGGGCAGGCAGCGCAGCCCGGGCGAUGCAGCGGAGUGUGUAUGAGAGGUAGAGAGCUGUUGCUCUGAGCCGACAAGUCCCUUUCAGCAAGUGACAACCCUGCCCGGACCAGAUCAGCCUCCAUGGAUACGGGCUGCUCGACCGAGGACAAAAUCCGAGCGUGAUUAAGUUUCUUUGCACACCUGCGGACAAGCCAGUGGAUUCAAUAAGUAAGCUGCUUUCCCUUCUCCCUGUCCAAGAUGAGUGCCAAAUCUGCUAUCAGCAAGGAGGUUUUUGCUCCACAUGAUGAGAGAAUGCUUGCAGCCGUCCAGGUCAAACGAAGAACCAAAAAAAAGAUUCCAUUUCUUGCAACAGGAGGUCAAGGGGAAUAUUUGACCUACAUCUGCCUGUCAGUGACCAAUAAGAAGCCUGCAUUGGUUUCUGUUACCAAGGUCAAACAGUUUGAAGGAUCAUCAUCCUUUGUGCGAAGAUCACAGUGGACACUUGAGCAGCUUCGACAAGUGAAUGGUAUAGAUCCCAACAGGGAUUGUCCUGAAUUCGACCUAGUGUUUGAAAACUCCUUUGACCAGUGGGUUGCCAGCACCGCCUCCGAGAAAUGUACGUUCUUUCAAAUCCUUCACAAUAUUUCUCAACGAUAUCUUUCAGACAAGAAGCCAGAGUUCAUUAAUUGCCAAUCUAAAGUGUUGGGUGGGAACAGUAUCUUACAUUCAGCUGCAGACAGUGUCACCAGUGCGGUUCAGAAAGCCAGCCAAGCCUUGAAUGAACGGGGCGAGAGGUUAGGCCGAGCUGAAGAACGAACGGCAGAGAUGAUGAACAGCUCACAGCAAUUUGCAGAAACUGCACACAAGCUUGCAAUGAAGCACAAAUGUUGAGCAGUUGCCAAACAAUUUGGGAGAUCUAUCCAGGGUGAUCAUCACACAGAGAGACAGAGGUUCAAUAAUGUACAUUUCCUUUAUUGGAAACUUAUUCCUUAAACUCAAUGCUGCCAAUAUUAGAAUCUGUUUCAAUAUUUUUUUAAAUUUUAAUCAGCAAUGUUGAACAAAAAUACUAGCUUAAUCUUUUUCAUUGUUGUGAGAUUUCCAGGCUGUUAUUGGUCCACACUAAUUACGGACGUAGACUUUCCAUGUUAUGCAAACAGCUUUUAAUUAAUGUUGUGUUGUUGUAUACAAUAUUAGAGAUCUCAAUUUUUUUUCAAAGAACUCAUUUAAAAAAUCUUGGAUAAACAUCUGGACAGCAGACUGGCUCGAUGGAGUUUUGUUAUAGGAGCUGGGCUACAAUAUAGGAAUUGGACUUCUCAAACAGCAGUCACAAGGUCAGUGACUGAGUAAUAUGCUGUGUUCAUCUUAAUGACAUAGCUCUUCAUUUUGAAAUCUACCAGUCAUUGUCCUUACAACUGCGAAACCGACACUGGGAUAUUCUUCCUGACUCUCGACGGAAAAGUUGGAUGUUACGUGGCAGUGAAGGAAACUCGAGAUCUUUAAACUUGCGUCUGGAGAUUAGCACUAGUAUAUUAUUAAGUAGCAGUUGGAAAUAAAUUUAUUCAGGUAAAUGUUCCAUAUUGAAGAAUGUAUCUGUUACAUGUCAUAAGUUCAGGCAGUUUGUGAUAAGACUGUCAUUUAACUGGUGUUCUACAGCAGGGAACACUAGAAAAAUUGCUCUUGAUCUCGUACAACUGUUUUAAAUCAAAAGGCAAUCCAGUUACUUCAUAUACCUUGUUAAUUCUGACUGCAACAGAGUGCGUACUGUGAGGUUCUGUGCCUGUCUCUUCAGUGUGUGGACUAGUGCUCUGUUUUGCUGUUUCCAGUCUUAGUUGUCAUUAAAAGAUUGUACAACAUGC